GGCCAUUAUUUGGAGGCACCAUGACCAAACCAGAAAAAGGAAACCUUUUCUAUGUUCCACAGCGUCCGUACAUGACAGUGGGUACUCUGCGGGACCAGGUGAUUUACCCACACAGCAGAGAAGAACAACUUAAGAAGGGAAUUCGGGAUUCACAGUUGGAGGAAAUCCUAGAAAAGGUACAAUUGUCUUACAUCUUGGAGAGGGAAGGAGGAUGGGACGCUGUGCAGGACUGGAUGGACGUCCUGAGUGGUGGAGAAAAACAGAGAAUUGCUAUGUCUCGACUGUUUUAUCAUCGGCCCCAGUUUGCUAUCCUGGACGAGUGUACCAGUGCCGUCAGUGUGGAUGUGGAGGGCUACAUGUACCAGUACUGUAGAGAGGUUAAGAUUUCGCUGUUUACGGUAUCGCACAGGAAAUCUCUGUGGAAGCACCAUGAGGUAAGACAUUCUAUUAGUCACAUGACAAACCAUGAUGUAAGACAAUCUAUUAGUCACAUGACACACCAUGCAUAACUUCAAAUGUAUUCUGUUAAAUCAAAACAGGUUUAAGUGCCGGGGGUCUUAUAUUUCCAUACCAGUACCUAAUGACUCUUUGUGUUUCUGAUAGACAGAAAUGUGAUCUCAAGGAUUGGGAGGGAACCUUAAGUUACACUGGUUUGUGAAAUAGAUGAUACAUAUUGAUUUAAUGAACCUUCCUGGACCAAUAGUAUACAUUUAUUGCUCAUACUUUAGGGAAUCACAAGUAAGGGAAAUAAAUAUUUUAUCAUGUCAAAACAAAUCUAAAUCAAAAACAAUAACAAAAGAGUAGAGAUGAUCAGGUUGACGCGCCAUUCUUGUCGUCUGCUUCUGUCAUUCGGAACUAGGUUGUGAUGACUCUUGAGCAUUUUCCUA